AUGAUUGAAGUAACGGUAAAUGACCGUGUUGGAAAGAAGGUUCGUGUAAAAUGUAAUGAAACUGAUACUAUAGGAGAUUUAAAAAAACUUAUAGCUGCACAAAUUGGAACUAGAAGUGACAAAUUGGUUCUAAAAAAAUGGUAUACAGUUUAUAAGGAUCAUAUCACACUCCAGGAUUAUGAAAUACAUGAUGGAUUUAAUUUUGAAUUAUAUUAUUGUUAA